UUCCGCCUCUCUCUCCUCAGGCUCGGUGUCGGGUGCUGAGGAAAGGAACGGCGCUAGCUUUGGGAAGCCCGAGCACCCCCUGGGUUGCCUCCGACACCGCCCUCCUUUCCUUCCCACCCGCGGGCCUUGCUCGGUGCCAGGCGACUCUGCGGGGAAGCGGGGCGACGGCUGCCCGUCUGUGGAGAGUCCUGCUGCCCUCAAGCCUUGCUCCUCAGUCCGUCUUGCAGGGGCCGAGAAAGCUCGGCGCCCUCCCUUCCUUUCGCUUUCCUCGUCAGCCGGUGGGAGCGGCGUCGGACCGGGAGGUCUCUGGGCUGAAGCGGCGGCAGCUCCUCCGGCUCCAUCAUGUCCGCGGGCGGAGACUUCGGGAAUCCGCUGAGGAAAUUUAAGCUGGUGUUCCUGGGGGAGCAGAGCGUUGGAAAGACGUCCUUGAUCACCAGAUUUAUGUAUGACAGUUUUGACAACACCUAUCAGGCAACAAUUGGCAUUGACUUUUUGUCAAAAACAAUGUAUUUGGAGGAUCGAACAGUGCGAUUGCAAUUAUGGGACACAGCAGGUCAAGAGCGGUUCAGGAGCUUGAUUCCUAGCUACAUUCGUGACUCCACUGUGGCAGUUGUUGUUUAUGAUAUCACAAAUGUUAACUCAUUCCAGCAAACUACAAAAUGGAUUGAUGAUGUCAGAACAGAAAGAGGAAGUGAUGUUAUCAUCAUGCUAGUAGGAAAUAAAACAGAUCUUGCUGAUAAGAGGCAGGUGUCAAUUGAGGAAGGAGAGAGAAAAGCCAAAGAGCUGAAUGUUAUGUUUAUUGAAACCAGUGCAAAAGCAGGCUACAAUGUAAAGCAGCUCUUCCGGCGUGUAGCAGCAGCUUUGCCUGGAAUGGAAAGCACACAGGACAGAAGCAGAGAAGACAUGAUUGACAUAAAGCUGGAAAAGCCUCAAGAGCAACCAGUCACUGAAGGAGGCUGUUCCUGCUAAUCCCCCAUAGCAUCUUCAGCCCUUCUCCAGAAGCUCACUGCUUUGGCCCCUGUACUCUUUCAUUGACUGCUGUGUGAAUAUUGGCUUGAACCUUUUCCCUUCAAUAAUAACAUAUUGCAAUUCAUCAUUGCUGCCUGUCUCGUGGAGAUGAUCUAUUAGCUUCACAAGCACAAAAAAGUCAGUGUCUUCAUUAUUUAUAUUUUACAAAAAGCCAAAAGAUUCCAGUGAUAACUGAAGAUUAGAUACAUUUUCUUAACAUUUUUCCUUUUUUAAUGUUACGAUAACAUACUUUAAAAUGAUGGAAAUGUUGGCAGUAUGUGUGGCUUGGUUAAGGUGCAGUAUAUUCACAGCUUUUGCCUACCUGUUUGGUCUCUUACUACUUUUCUCACUUCUUCCUUACCCUCAUUUCCUAUUCCUACCCUACCACAAAAUAAAGUGGCAAGUAGCAAUAGGCCAAGAUGUCCAAAAAUAUUCUUGAGCACUGAUAUAAAUUACUUAGCCUUCUUUGAAUCAAAACUUAGCUAUCAUGGUGGGCAGUGCCUGAAUGAGGAAAGGGUUAUGCUGUAUCUUGAAAAUGAGUCCUCGUGAACAUACUGAGUACUCACAAGUAGAGUAUAAAAAUGUAUUUCUGACCAAAACAAAUGACCCUUUCACAUGUACUUUAUUAGAAUCUGGGAGACAGAAGUAACCAGUUAAUUCUUCAUGAUAAAAUCAUUAAGUUCUAAUGAACUAUUUCUCCCAAGAUUUUAAGAUUGUGCAGUUAUUCUGUUUUUUUAAUCUUAUUGAGCAAUAAAUUUUGCUUAUAUUUACUUUUCUUUUUUCUUCUUUUAAAUGCUGUGCAAGGAAUACCUUGGAAAAGUCAAAUUCUUUAAGAAGAACUAAUGGAAGAGUUUAAAUUUGGCACCACAGUCAAAACUAUUAUAGCUUUAAAAAAUGAUAUAUAGAGCUUACCAACAUAGAACCUUUGUAAAAUAGCAAAUACUCUUGCUUUGGACAUUUGAGAUCAAAUUGAAGAUGGAAAUAAGCCCCUAGAGUGGUGGUGAACUUAUGGUACACAUGCUGCAGCAGGCUGUUCAUAUCAUUGAAAACUCUAAAAGAUUUGCCAUCACUACAGAGGGAGAUCAGGAAAAGCAAGUAUUGAAGAGGAAAAGGAAAGAAAUAUAAGGAAAAGGAAAUAUAAGUCAAUAUUAUUCAGAUUUAUGCCUUAUUUUUUAGCAUUUUUUAAAUUUUGGGUCUUUCAGGCUGGUUUUGCUUUUUAUUAGAUAUGUAUAGUUUGGUUAAUUAGCGAUUUAGUUUUAUAUUUAAGCUACAAUUAAUCUUGUUUUUGGUGAUAUUUAUUUCUUUGCUUUUUGUUAAACUCAAAUUUUAGAUGUUUUGUUGACUCUGUUUAGAGCUUCAUCACCAUGGCAAUAUGUAUCUCCCUUAAAAUACUGCAAACAAAUAUACUAGGAGUGCACCCUUUUAAUCUUUACUAGUUAUUGUGAGAUUGCUGUGUAAGUUAAUAAACACAUUUGUAAAUACAUUGUUUGCAGGGAGAAAAUUUCUCGAGUUAAAGCUCAGAAAAAGCCUGCUGAAUUUAUGUCGUAAGCAUUACUUAACACAGUGUAAAGAUGAAAAGACAGCAGAAAUAACUUCAUACUUCCUCAUGUCCUCAUUGCAACAGAACCCUUAACUGGGGAAAUCUUACUUAUUUCUCUUCUUCCUCCUCCACCUUUCGCUGUUGUCACCAUGUAAUAUUCAGAGAGCACUUGGAUUAUGGAUCUGAAGAGAGAAAAAGGCUUUCAGAUAAUCAUUAGCCCACAUACCUGUAACUUAUACUCAAAGAUGGGGUGGAGUUGUAAAGUGCUUUUAUAAUACAAUAUUAUUGUUAAAAGCAAGGAUUGACUCUUUUGUUUUAUUUUGACAUGGCAUGUCCUGAAAUAAAUACUGAUUCAAUAUGGCAAAUGAAUCACAUUCUUUAUUUGGAAGAAGUUGUGAUUUCUGAAAAGGAUGUGAUCGUCUUCCUGCACUAUUGCAUCUGAUUCUUUUUAUGUUUCUUAAAGUAACCAGUAUGCUUCUUUUAAUAUUGGCCUUUUUAGUUUGGCUUGGGGUUCCUCGAUGGAAGCAGUGAAGUGUGUUCAUAGUCCAGAUUAAAGAAACACAGUUUUGCUGACAAAAAUAUAUAAAUAAAACAUGAAAGAAAACAGUUACUGAUUUUGGUUCCAUUUCCUGCCAAGGUGUUGAAUUAGCAUAUUCUUCUUCCUUCGUCUGUAGAACUACAAAGAGAACAUGGAACUUAGAAAAAUAACAAACAUGAACAGAUGUUUUAAAAAAAACCCUGCUGAGUUAGAAGACUUUUUUCACUUAUUGGGAGAAGAGAAGAGUGGCUGAAACUUGAACAGCCUGGUAGAGGAAGUAAUAGAAUAUUCAGUCAUGAGCCACAUACUGACAUUUUUGUUGAUCAUAGACCAUAUAUAUGAUGGUGUUCUCAUCUGAUUGUAACAGCUAAAAAAAAAAAAAAAACU